AGAGAAUGGAUGCGGGCACCCAGUGGGUAAUCGCGGGUCUGGUGCUGCUCCUAAUCCUAUUGGUUGUGCUGCUGUUCUCAAAAACGCCGUUCCUGAGUUUAUUCAUCGCCGAGCAGGGAUGGGAGAAAUUGGACGAGAACAGCGGCAUCCUCGAGCACUCCAGCUCGCUCUCGCGGAUUCCACUUCGCGCCAAGCAGCCCUACGACAAGGCGGCCGCCUUCUGCUACAGUAAUCCGGUCGAUGGAUUCAUCAAGAUGAGCUACGGGAUUCACGACGAGAAGGAUCCAAAGCAAUAUCUUGUCCCUUGCGAGGAGAUCCAACAUCAACUCGUAGUAGAAAACAAUCCAGACGUGCAUCUCACACCGGAGCGACGGAUAUCAGACGAACAGGUCCACUGUACUGAUGGUCAGUUGCGAAGGUGUAUAUCUACCGACAGUGUUGACAGUGCCGCUUCCUCAAUCAUAGAAGUGAAUCGCGAUGUGCCAAUGGCGAACAUGACCCUCAAAUAUGACGAAGCCACACAAAUGCUUUCCGUGCAAUUACACCACUUGUCAGACGUGUACUCAGACUAUGGACAGAUAUGGUUGCUGUUCUUUUUGCUUCCACAUCCAAAGCCAUUGUGGAGAACCGAGGCUCGUUCCACACCGUCUUCCUUCAUCGACUACAGCAGCGUCUAUCAACAGUGCGUGCGAAAAUGUGACUUACAUAAGAUUGCACUUCUCGUCCAGCUUUACUCUAGUAGGAAUCAAUCCGCAAGCAUCGUUGGUCAAUCUAGGAUCCGAUUAAAGGAUUUAUCUUUGACAAGUGGCGACGACGCGCCAGUAGAGUUAGCCCUUCAACCCAGCAAGUCCAAGAGCCCAAUCAACGACGUCCCAUCGGUAAAGCUUGGCGAGAUUCUUUUCCUCGCUGCUUUCUCUCAGGAUCGCCUGACAGUUAUUGUGUCAAAGAUCAGAAAUCUUGCGCCUAUCUACCAUACCGUGUUCAUACGAUUAUAUAUUGUACAACCGAUGGGACAAGUUACAAAGAAAAAGACUUCUGAGCGAGUUCUGGUGGACGGUGCAGCAGAUAUCGGUGAGAGCAUGUUCUUCAGCGUGCCGAGGAGCAGAGUGCUGAAAAGCCAUUUGCGGCUAAGCAUAGUCUGUGGUACGGAUACUGUGACGAAGAGCAUAGGGCAUGUUACGCUCGGACCUAAGUCUAGUGGAAAGGAACUCGGUCACUGGAAACGAGCCCUCAGUGGUGAUGGUCCACCACUGGCGACAUGGCAUGCCGUUCGGCCACGAAGCACUGCCUGCUAGUCGCGUAGAGCCGGACUCGAGCAGCAACUCUUCCGCAAAACUCUUACGGAUUGUAACAUACGUCGGUCUUUAACUGUUUCAUAUGCCUGUUUUAACUCUUUGGAGUUCUGACUAUUUGUUGUUUCCCGUGAUUCUGUUGACCAAAGGCUUCUUGUUUGCUUUUAUGCACUUUGAUGAACAUUUUAUUGCUGUCGUACAGAG